CGCCGGCCUGGGCCGUGGGACCAGAAUCGCCGCAGAGAGGAUCAAUUGCACCGAACUCAAACCCAAAUAACACCAAUGAUAACGACAGGGGUAGUGCCUGUAGCAACACUAACACGCACAGUAGAAGCAACGAACCCGGGCGAGGGGCAUACGGCAAAGCACCUCCCAAACCACCGCCUAGCAGACCCUCGCACGCAGCUCCUAACACGCGGGGAGCCUACUACGGCCACACACAAGCAUCCACAGCCACGUCACAGGCCAAUACAACCAUCCACACAAGGGCAUCCGAUUCACCUCAUAGUGUCGGACACGACCCAGAAAGUAGGACACGGACUCCACCUACCAGCCACAACCACGGGAGUGCGGGCAGUGGCCUAGGUGUGGACGAUAGUCCGUUUGAAAUGUCUUAUAUUAACGACAGUCGAAGGCGUGGUAGCGACGAUGCGUACAGCCGACCGUACGACAAUUCAAUGAAGCAUACGACAAUGUAUGACAGUCCUCAGGAGACUUCGACGGACGGGUGGAGUGAGUGGGGCGAUACUAUGAAGAAGAAGGGCGAGACGCUGAAGGCGGCAGUGACAAGCAAGAUGGCUAGCAACGGCAGGACGUACGCACAGGAUAG